UAGAAUCACUUUUGGGUUCUCAGCUUUUUGCCAAAACCCUUCAAUUUCUGCAGACUGCGGCUCACUCGCACUCUCCCUUUCUAGUCUCAUCAGCUCAAUUGUUGCAGCUAGCCUGCUGCUGCUGCUGCUUCUGCCGGAAAGUGCUUUCGCGACGAUUUGAAAAGUCGUUUGAUUGAUAGGGUUGAGAUGGAAGAGGAUUACUCAAAUUCAGAUACUAAUUCUGCUGAAAGUCCGCGAACUGACCAACCUGGAUCGCUACCAACGGUAUGGGAUCACUUCAUUAAACUUGAAAAUGAUGGCCUUACUGAGCCUAGAUAUGAAUGUAACUACUGUGGUGCAGAAUACAGUUUCGGUGCUCUGAAGCCCGAGGAGAGUAUUUUAUGGAAUCAUUUAGCUACUGAGUGUGAAAAUAACCUGAAUGGUUUAGAGCACGAAGGGAAAGAGGACCCAGGUCUUGAAACUAGUUGCUUUGUUGAUGAUUCAUUGGAAAGCCGGAUUAGUUUAGCAAAAUAUAUCAGAGGGUUAACUAAGAUGACAAUCGGCACUGGGUUACCUCUUAGCAACUUGAACAUGAAAGAGUUUCAAGAUUUUGUUAAAGAGCUUUAUCCUUAUUUCACUGUGCCAUCUCCAAUAACAAUUGCUCGAGAUGCAUACCGGCUUUAUUCACAUCAGAAGAAGCAGCUGAAAGAAAUGUUGAUUGAAAGUCCGCAGAGGCGGGUCUGCCUUUCCACCCAAACAUGGACUUCUGUGAAAGAAAUCAACUACAUGGCUCUGAAGGUCCAUUUUAUCGAUAGUAACUGGGAGCUGCAUAAGAAAAUGUUGAACUUUUGCGUUGUACCUGAUGUGAAUGAGGAGACAGUUGGAGAAUCAUUGCAGCGUGUUUAGUUGAAUGGGGUAUAGAAAGAGUGUUGACAGUUUCUGUUGAUAAUGUGAGUGUAAAUGAUGCGGCUAUCAACUUUAUGAAAUUGAAGUUGAAAAAUUUGGCUGGGAAUUUGUUAGAUGGUGAAUUUUUACACAUGCCGUGUUAUACUCGUAUUGUGAAUUCGAUUGUGAACGAGAGCUUGAGAGAUAUGCAUGAAUCAAUUGAUAGUAUUCGCAAUGCUGUGAGAUAUGUAAAGAUUUUUCCCAAAGGAUUAUCGAAAUUUUCAGCAUUUAUUGAGCAGGAAGAAAUUGAGUGUGAAGGUCUAAUGGUUUCGGAUAAUCAUACUGGGUGGAAUACAACCUAUUUGAUGUUGAGAGACACCUUAAAGUUCCAAAGGGCUUUUGAGAAGCUACAAGAAGAUGAUGAAGAUUAUGCUAGCUAUUUCUUGGAGGAUUGGAUCAGUAGGGUAAAAUUGAAAGGGCCACCUACUGUCGAUGAUUGGGAAAAUGUUCGGGUUUUUGUUAUACUUUUGAAGAUCUUUUAUGAUGCGACCUUGAAGUUUAGCGCUUCGUGUGUCACUUCGAAUGUGUAUUUCGAUACCAUGUGUUCAAUUCAAUCGAAGUUGACAACAUUGAGCCGAAAUCAGGAUUCAGUUUUGGGAAAAAUGGCGGCUAGUAUCAAGAGAAAAUAUGACAAAUAUUGGGGUUCUCUUGACAGCAACAAGCUGUUGAUUGUUUCAGUUGUGCUUGAUCCGCGGUUUAAGCUGGAUUAUGUGUCAUUUUGUUUUAGUGAGAUAUAUGACGAUUCCAUGGUUGAAGAGAUGGUGAAAGGGGUCAAAGAGCUGUUGUUUCGUCUUUACAAGGUUUAUAGUGCAUCGGAUUCCACCCCUGGUUGCCCUGAAGCUUCUAACGAUGAUGAUCAGUGUCACGGUGAAUGGAUAAAUAAGUUUCAGGAGUUCAAAGAAAAGAAAGGUUUACUUCCAAGAAACGAGGUGGAUAAAUAUUUGCUGGACCCUUGCGAGGAUCCAGCAAAUGACAAGUUCGACAUGCUGCAUUGGUGGAAAGUACACUCUACAAGGUAUCGAGUUUUGUCGGGCAUUGCAAGGGACGUGUUUGCUAUUCCAUUAUCGACAAUGGCUUCAUCUGAGUCUGCAUUUAGCACAGGCACAGGAGAGUGUGCUCUUAAUAAGCAUUGGAGCUCGUACACUCCUAAGUUUGUGCAGGCGUUGAUGUGCUCGGAAGAUUGGCUACGAACCCUACCAUCUUCUCCCGUCUUGGUAGAUGACGAUGAAACACUUAUCCGGGACACACAAUUCUACGAAGAACUCGAGUCAGAGUUUUUUGGACCACCCCCAACAACUCAACAGAUGGACGUUGAUGGUUGAUUCUGUCUUGUUUUGAACUCUUUGAAGGUUGAAGUUUUGAAGAACUUCAAUUGAAACGUGGAUAUCAUGUGGAGCUUGGAGGAAGUGGGGGAUUUAGUCCGGUGGAUAAUUAUCCUUAAUCUAAUACUCUCUGUUUGGAAUCGGAUAGCUUGACCUGACUGGAUAGACAAUUUAGCCCGGUGGACAAUUAUCCUUUUAAAUCUUGUACUUUCUGUUGUAUUUUGCGUCUGGGUGUCACUCAGUGUUGUUGUAUUGUUUUCAAGACCAGGUCACCUCUGAAAAAUAUUUGCACUUAUGUCAUGCUUUAUUUUUGGG